AUGGAGCCCGGCGGAGCUGCGGGGGGGGGGGCGGCGGCGCUGCUGGGGCGGGUCCGCUGCCGCGACCACGAGGCCGUGCCUUUCGACAUCUUCCGCUACGGCGUCCUCACCUGCUUCGUGCUGCUGGAGUUCGCGGCCAAGGCGGACGCGCUCUUCGGCGUCCUGGAUGGCGGCUCCGGCGCCGCUGACGGGAGGGUCUGCCAGGCCGUGCUGCGGGCGCUGGAGGAUGCGCUGGGCACCGGCCACUUCUCUCUCCCCAGCCACUACCUGGAGGCGGGUUCGAAGCUGGGGCCAGACGGCCUGGCCCUGGCCAUGGACCGGGCGCUGCAGGAGAGGAAGCUCAGCACCUCCAUGAGCCGGGAGGAGUUCCUGAAAAAAGCCACUGCCUUGUUCGUGGCAAAAGUGAAGCCCGUUGAGUAACACCUGGGUGGGAGCAACGCUGACUGCGUCCACUUUGACUUCCGUGAGCGCUCCGCGCAGAGCCGUUUACACAAAGGGGGCUCCGGCCCCCAGCGCUAAGCUGGAUGGCAAGCACUGGGGGCUGGUCAGGCGCUGUCUGGAGAGCCCGGGUCUGCCCGACAAGAGAUUCCCGAUUUCCAUGCUCCCUUCCUUGUUCCGAGUGCAACAGGUGCCCAGCCACCUCCAGCGCUGGAGAUGUCCCUAUCCGCUGUGCCUCUCCCAGCCGCGGUUCCUCUGACCCAGCUGGCAUUAGUAAAUCUUUUUUUAGGCGUUAACUGGGGACUUGCAAGGAGGCCUGUGAACUGUAGGGCAGUGUUAGCCAUUAAAAAUGAGCUAGAACGAAGUAAAUGUGGGGCUGGACCUCCAGAUACCCUGCAGUUUUGUCCUAGCCCUGGCCAUGUCAUGUCAUGCAGCUUCAGCAGGGAACUUUGUUUCUGCUUUUGGGUUUGUUUCACACCUACCUGUGCAUUGGAGGGUGAUGCUUAUCUACCUACUACUGUGAGGACUCGCAGGUAAAUAUGGGGCCGAUCUGGAGUGUGAGAUAAAGCGUUAUUUUAUUAAGCGAAAUGUUUUAAACGCACAGCAGAUGAGAAAUGGCUGGCUGGGAAGCAAACCUCACUGGGAAGGGCUGUGAGCCAGAGGGAGGGGUCUGUCUCUGCCAGCAGCCAAGCUGUGAGGCGAUGAGCUGUCCGGCGAUGAGCUGUCCCUGCUGCCUCCUCGCUCGGUGUUUACCCAACUGCCUCUGGCUGCUGUGGUCCGGACUUUGAAGAUCAAAGCUCAUACCUGAGCGAUGACUUCUCAAGCGGAGCUGCAGAGUGCUAUGAAUUCGAUAAUGAUUUGGGACGUGGAGCACCGGGUCAAGACGAGACAAACCCUGUUCCCUGAGGUCAUAGUUUGCUUUUGAACAGAGAUGCGUGUUGAACCAUGUGUUAUUUAUUUGAACUUGUCUGUGUUAAUUAUUUAUACUGUGCAAUAAUUGGUUUACUGUAAGACAUUAAAGCUUUUUAUUAUUUUUUUAGUGGCCAAUUUCUUUACUGCCUGCUGGCACUUAGCGCCAGGAUGAACCACAGCAGCAUUCAGAUCCUUGAGGCAGUCUCUGUUUUCAGGGGUUGACGUUGGCAGCCUGCAGCAGCCUGCAGCAGCCUGCCUGGCUGAAGGUAUGGGAGUGCAAAGCACUUGUAGUUACUACCAAAAAAAAAAA